AUGCUCCGCAAGAGACUAUACACAACAGAAGAGUUUGCUCCGGAUCAUGAGCUCAUUGGCAUUGAGCAUUUGGAGCAUUGUUAUGAUGCCCCAAGGCAAAGUCUCAUGUGCAUGGUAGACAUCACUCCACUACCGUGGCAGUGGAUCGAGAAGGAGCAGCAGUCCAAGGAAGUCGCGCGGGUUGCGCACACCUGUCACGACUUCGAUGCGAACCAUCUUGAUAAUCCAUCACCCGUGUACUCGUCUCAAUUCGACUACGCGUCGUAUGGGAGGACCCUUCCGGAUAAGACGGCGACCAAUUACAUGAGCAAGCUUCUUGAAUUUGUCCAAGACUAG